AUGGCAACACCGGAUCUGUCAAACUUAUCAAUCAAUGAAGAGGGGGAAGAGGAAGGUUUUUGCUUCGACAUGGAAGAGGAAGAAGAUGAAACAUUGGAUCUGCCGAUGCAAGGGGGUCCAUGGACAUUCGAUUCCCAUCUCUUAAUUUUGGAGAAAGUUCGCAUCGGGGUGCAGAUUGAGAGUAUACCUUUAUUUCACGUUGAUUUUUGGGUGAAAAUUCAUAACUUACCGGCGGGAAUGAUGAUUGAAAGACUGGGAAGAGCUAUGGAAAACUUUAUAGGGGAGUUUGUGGAGUAUGAUAAAAACAAUAACACUAGCUUUUGGAGGGAAUAUAUGAGAAUAAGAGUGAAGAUCGAUGUGCGUGUUUCGUUGAAGAAGCAGACAAAAGUGAAAAGUAAGGGGGAGACUGGUGUGUAG